AUGGUCGCCCGGCAAGGAAGGACUGUCCGGGCUUGUUCCGGUCCAAACGAGCCACUAGCUCAACAAACUGAUUGCCCUUCAAGCAAACAAUUCAAGAAUCAUGUAUUUACAAUUCAAGAAUCAUGUAUUUCAAUCGUCAUAUUCUCCAAAAACUAUGCAGAUUCUCCAUGGUGCUUGGACGAGCUUGUUGUGAUAAAUGAAUGCAGAGAAAAGUCGGGGCAAAUAGUUUUGCCGGUUUUUUACCGUGUAGAUCCAACUGAUGUUCAAGAGCUGAGAGGCCCUUUCGCAAGGGCGCUUGCUAGGCUUUUAAAAGAUCACAGCGAUAGUUCACACAACCUGGGUGGAUGGUGCCAUGCUUUGAAGACAAUCAGCAACGACUUAAGUGCUUUUGUUUCGAAUGAGAUCAAAGAUGAUCAAAUGCUAGUUCAGAGAAUCGUCAAUCGUCUUUCAGAGAUAUUAAGUCAUAUGCCUUCAAAUGCUAGUUACCAUGACAAGUUAGUUGGAAUCGAUCGGAGUGCGGGAAAGUGAAAUUGUUAUUGUACA